CAAGAAUAAUGGUUUCGUAAUGCUCUUUUGUGUUAUUGUUUGUUCUUUGUUCCUUUUCGUUAGUAACAACAAUGAAAACGAAUUUUGAGUGAGAUUUUAAGAGCAAUGAAUUUGCUAACCAGACGAAAAAGCUUAGUGAUACUGGUUCUUUGGCUGGGUGUAGAAUUUUCUAAGGCUGUGACGGACUUUCAAAAUCUUAUGGCAAUAUGGCGUCACUACAGUGGUCAACUGAUGGACGGAAACAGCUCCUACUAUGGUUAUUAUAGAGGAGGUGGAGCGUGUUCUCUAGACCCCUUAACAUCAGACUACAGCCAUCAGGGUUGGAUCAAGGUCGCAGCAGGUGACGGAGAGUUUCAAAAAUCACUUGGCUGUGGAAUGUGUGUGGAGAUUACAGGUGAAGGAAUUCUUGCCGAUCUGACUGAAAAAAGAAGAAUACCCAAGACACCAAUCUUAGGCCCAAUAUACGCGUUUGUGAUAGAUCGUUGUGGAAAUUGCAAACAAGGGUUCGACUUGUAUGCCCCUGGUUCGAACCAGUGGAAGACUCAGUUCAGAGCGAUUGAUUGUCCAAAAAUAGCCGGUAUCAAUGGGAAUAUCAAGUUCAGAUUCAUGGAAAGCAACCCAUGGGCCAUGAAACUUCAACCUCGAAAUUCCAGGGUAGUGACGGUCGGACUAGAGAUUUUCCAUGGAGUGAGGUGGAUUUGUCUCCCGAGAACAGAUGAUAAUUUCUUCCUUGUGGGAUCAGCUAGUAAAAUAGGAUUUCCCUUGCGAAUACGCUUGACAAGUGUUAGCGGAGAGCAAGUGGAGUCGACCAUCACAGAGCUAAAGAAUGGUGUUGAUCUCACCUCUUCUGUGCAGUUCUCAGGGUUCAUAAAAG